CGCUCAUUUUCAAAUGCAAGUAGAAGUAGACUAUCUCUAUGGCUGUGUUUUUGGCGACUCAAGCUACAGUAUUUAAAGGCUUUCUGGAGCCCAAGACCACCAUCAGACGAAUACCAUGGCUACGAACGCCGCGAUAGAAGAUUUCGAUGUAGCGUCACCCCGUCGAAGAAAACACUCCAGCUACUCCGAGCCCAGUAUCACAGCCAGCAGCAGCAGCACCAGCGAUGGGUACUACAGCCUGGGUUAGUGCUUGGUGUUCCUGACGUUUUCUCCAGACGGACGCGUGAGGGAAUUGAGAAAGGAGAGAGUAGGAGCGGCCAGCAUGUAUUUAGAUAACUUUGUUACUUCCAGUACCAGUAUGGCAGUCGAGGGGAGGGAAGAUCAGAACAGUAGGGCUGAAAAGUUGGAGUCACAAACCAAUAGGGAUGCCCUUUCAAAGCAGCAGGAAGAAGUCAAUUCAUUUCCUCCUGAUGCAUAAUGAUGAGCAUACAUGGUACUGUACACUUCCUUCUCAUAUUUCAAGUUGGUCAAGUGAGUGUGAAAAUAUAAUUUAUAUGCCAGUAUGUAUAGUUGUAUUGGAGGUGCAUGCAUUCCCACUUCACAGGAUUGCAGCUGCUGCAAAUAAUCCAUUCUUUGGAGCUUACUGAGCUGAGCUUUUGCUUGCUCCUCGAGCAAAAAUAUCACUUGUGCAUCAUGCAUCGGUUUUCUAAUGAGCCUGACCUUGAUGAGGCUGUGAAGAAAAUCACUGAAAACCAUGGUUACAUCUCUGUGGUUACUUCUGACAAAAGGACUCUAGCAUC